GCACAGAGCAUUGCAGCCCACAGACACAAUUUGCGUGAUCGUUACAGUGUAUCAUGUUGGCUGAGGAGUUGCAACGCGCAUGAUUGGUGUCAAAUAUUCCGAUUAAUCUUGCAAAAUUGCAUUUUUUUUCAGUUUUGAUAGUUGUUCCGCGGCGAAAUAAUCGGAGCAUUGAGGGCGCUCCGGGUUUUCAAAGCCCGAAAUAAUCGUUGUCAGUAGGACUACUGUGUUGAUGUCAUCCUCGGCAGAGCUGUAGCGACCUUCAAUUUGUAGGCAAGACCAGCAUAAACAAAGACUGGUUUUGGGGUGUUUCUUCCGUCUUUGUUUUGUUUUGUUUGCUAGUGACCACAGAACCGAGGAUGGGACUUUUGCUGCUCUCUCUCCUGCUGUUAUCUCUCUCCACGUUCACAGCCGGUGUCGAUUUUCAGCUGGAAUCAAAACCCUUCGGACAGUCGUUCUUGAGGCAUUCAAACAUUGAAGAGAAAGCUGCGAACAUCAUAAAGAGGUCGCUGCCUGCAUGGCUGUCUGCAUCACCAAACCACCAGAGAACACGAAGAAGCGCCGAGCUGGGCGACAACUGCAAAGCUCUUCAAGGAUAUGACACCAAGUUAGCAGACAACACCCACCGUUAUACCUUCAAUGACCUGAGUGGGUCGGUGUCGCUGGCCUGGGUUGGAGAUGGCACAGGGGUCAUCCUGGCUUUGACAACUUUUCAGGUGCCCUUCUUCAUGAUAAGGCUUGGGCAGUCUAAACUCUAUCGAAGUGAGAACUACGGGAAGUCAUUUGAGGAUGUGACCAAUCUAAUCAACAACACCUUCAUCAGAUCAGAGUUUGGCAUUGCAAUCGGUAGCUCUGGGAAAGUGAUCCUGACGGGAGAAGUGUCCGGAGGUUAUGGGUCUCGGAUCUUUGUCUCCAAUGACUUUGGAAAGAGUUUCACCCCUCGGGACCUGCCCUUCAUCCCCCUGGCGCAGAUCACAUACAACCCUGAUAAUUCCAAUGUGCUGCUGGCCCUCAGCAAGAGCAAUGAACUCUGGCUGUCUGAAGAUUUUGGCAGCAACUGGAAAAAGAUCCACGACGUGGUGUGUCUUGUGAAAUGGGGAAGAAAAGAUACCAUCUUCUUUACAGCCAAUUACAACGGAUCCUGCAGUGAUCGGGGAAUGCUGGAACUGAAAAGGACGACAGACUUCGGUAAAAACAUCAAGACUGUCGCCAGUAAGAUCUACUCCUUCGGCCAGGGUGGACGCUUCCUGUUUGCCUCUGUUAUGACAGGCAAGGGCACUCUGAGGAUGAUCCAUGUGUCAGUGGACCAGGGUGAGACAUGGAACAUGGCCCAGCUGCCCCCUGUUGGUCACGAGCAGUUCUACUCUAUCCUGGCAGCAAACGAUGAAAUGGUCUUCAUGCAUGUGGACGAGCCAGGAGAUACAGGAUUUGGCACCAUUUAUGUAUCAGAUGACCGGGGCACUGUGUACUCCAAGUCAUUGGAGCGCCACCUUUAUACCACCACGGGGGGCGAUACAGACUUCACUAACGUCACCUCCCUGCGAGGAGUUUUCCUCACCAGUGUCCUGGCAGAAGAUAAGUCUGUGCAUUCUGUGGUGUCCUUCGAUCAGGGAGGAGAAUGGGUUCCCCUGAGGAAACCUGCCAACAGCAAGUGUGACGCUACAGCCAAAGACCCAGACAAGUGCAGUCUCCACAUCCACGCGGCCUACAGUACUGCUAUAAGGCUGAAUUUCCCCAUGCUCCCUCUCACUGAACCAAACGCUGUGGGUCUCAUCUUAGCUCAUGGGAGUGUUGGUGAUUCAAUCUCCGUGAUGAAGCCUGAUGUUUAUGUGUCUGAUGAUGGGGGGUACACCUGGAUUAAGGCCCUGGUUGGGCCCCAUCACUAUGCUAUUCUGGACUCUGGAGGGCUGCUGGUUGCCGUGGAGCACAGCACCACUCAACCUAUCAACACGAUCAAAUUUUCUACUGACGAAGGACAGUGCUGGGGUGUUUACAACUUCACCAAAGACCCCAUCUACUUUACUGGGCUGGCAUCAGAGCCGGGAGCUCGCUCCAUGAAUGUCAGUGUCUGGGGCUACAGAGACUCUCUCCUCAGCCAGUACUGGAUCUCCACCACAAUUGACUUCAGGGAGCUUCUCACCAGAGACUGUGGCGACAAGGAUUAUGUGCAAUGGUUGGCCCACUCAGAUGACAUCAGUGACCCCAAAGAUGGUUGCAUGCUGGGCUACAAAGAGAAGUUCCUGCGUCUCAGGAAGGACUCUGUUUGCUGGAACGGACGAGAAUACCAGGUCAACACCCAGCCAACCCCGUGUCCGUGCACCCUGGAUGACUUCCUGUGUGACUUUGGAUACUACCGUCAGGAGAACAGCUCGGAGUGUGUGGAGCAGCCGGACCUGAAAGGCAAAGUGCUGGAGUUCUGUCUCCACGGCAAAGAGGAGCAACUGCAGACCAGUGGCUAUAGGAAAAUCCCUGGAGAUAAAUGUGAGGGAGGAAAGAUGCCCGAGCGUAAAGAGAUCGACCUCAGCAUGAGGUGUGUGAGUGACCUGGUGGCCCCUGAACUUCUGAUAGACAGCCACCACUCCUCCAAGUUUGUGGCCAUUACGGUGACAGUCAUCAUCAUCAUCAUGCUGCUGAGCAUUGCAGCAGGAGUUGUCUUUGUCAAGAAAUAUGUCUGUGGUGGCAGGUUCUUGGUCCACAGGUACUCUGUGCUGCAGCAGCAUGUCGAGGACAAUGCUGUUGAUGGGAUGGACGACCCCCUGGAGACCAACCACACUCAAAAUGGCAAGAUAGAGUUUCACGACGACUCAGAUGAGGACAUGCUUGAAUAGCAGGUACACCAUGUCAUGCAACUGAGCAACAGGUUUCCAGUUCCCCCCCGAGGCCGGCCGCUGCUCCUGUCACGCCCUUGUCUGCAGCUACUUCUUCCUUUCACUUUCUAUUAUGAACUUUGGCUUCAGCUACCAGACAAAGAGUGUGCCUCACUCUGCUGUCAUCUAUGAAGUAUAAUGAAUGUACGGAGGCUUUCUGGGACUAAUGCCACAGUUGAAGAGGAAGGAGGUGUUGUAGUGUUUGUGCUUCAGUUAUUGAUUCUGUUUGAGUCUCCAAGUUAUUUAUUUUAGGGAACAAAGAAUUUGUGCAGUAAUUUGAACUGCUGUCAGAGCCAGAGUAAUAGGUUUUGAAGCAACGCUAGAUGUAUGAAUCCACCACCAUUGCAUUACGGGUCCUGCCUCUCCCAUCACCUGGGAGCGUUCCUGGAAAUACUUCAUACUUCUGUCGGAGAUCUGUGUCCUUUUUCUCAUGCAAUUGUACAUAAAUCCGCUUUUCUUUGCCAUUUUUGACAUGGUAUGAAUUUGCUAGGUGUAAAAAAGGUUGCUGUUGGUUAAUAACUCUCCCAAAACCAUUUGAGUCUUAAUCCCUACUUUGAACAAAGUAUUUGUUUGUCACAAAGUGUCCCCCAUAAGGUCAAGAGUAUGUACAUGUGAGGUUUUCAGCUUUCUCCUCUUGGGGCACUGAUUUGUGCGAUCCCCUGUUGUAGUCUGUAUUUGGAAUACAAGCCAGCGUACUUUUACUCCAUGGCAUUUAGAACCACGGUUGAAGUAAUAAGACGUACGUGGAAAUGUCCCUUUGCAUUAGUUUUAAUAGCAAUAACAAUGUUUAGAUUCAGUAAAUUGUCCAUGUAAGUUAAAUAAUCCUCAUGGCAUGUUUGGUGAAUGGAGAUGUCAUUGUGUGAAACACAUCAAUGUAUAGGGGGGCAAAGUGUGUCUGUUUCAAGACAGGAUUUGUUCAAAAAUGUAUGUCUGCAGUUAUAACUGCCCAAAGCACAAGGUCCUUCGUAUGCUUACAGUUUGUAGUUUAACAUUUUUCCUAAAUGUGACCUAAUGAUUAACGUGAUAAGACUGUAAUAAUCACUGUAGUCAUAUACGAGUUGUGUUUAUAAUCAUUUGAGCAGUUUUUGUACUAACAAACUUUUGAACUUGUGUAACACAUUGUGGUUUGAAGAUGUUCAGAAAUGACAGAAAUAAGUAUAGUUUGAUAGUAAAUAUCUGUAGAUAUUUUUACAUCAGAUUCACAUAACUGAUUUACUGAUUUGGUGACAGAAGCAUAGGAGCAAUAAGAAAAAAAAUUUAAUUGUGUAAAUGUUGUAUAGCAUAAUUAAAAGUGUCGUAGCCUUUUAGAGUUAAGACAUGGUUGUUGGGACUGUUUUUAAAUUGGUAUUUGCAUCUGAGGUGGAGCAAAUUCACACAAAAAACAGGGUUGUUGAAAGUUUUUCAUUUCACAGUGAACUGCUGUUUUCCUUCUUUUUAAUCCUGAUACUGCUGUAAUUUUAAACUGGAUUGAUCAAUGCCUCUCAAAAGAUCGGUCUCGUCUAUCACGCCAAGUCUUUUUUUUUCUUUCAAACAUUUGUUUCACAAUUAUUUGUCUGUCUUGUUGCAGGCAUAUGUUGCUUUCAUGCAGGUUUUAUUUAUUCAUGACUUGCAAAUUCAGAGUGCAGUAAAUUGGAUGUGGUUAUACAAGUGCCUGUUGUGAGGAUAUGAUGCAAGGCCCUGCCAAGGUGUGGACAGCAUCUCUUUACUAUUAUUUAUAUCAACUAAUGUGUAACCAGUUCCAUCUAGUUUGUUAGUGACACCCUGAAGUUGCACUUGUUGCCUAAAUUAUAUCCUUGAGCAGUGACAUGUUUCAUACGAGCUCCCAUUGAACUGCAUGUUAACUCUCACCAUUUUAUUCCACAGAGCUUUGUAAAGAUAAAUAGCCCACAAUAACCUGGUUAUUCUCUUUCAUGUCUUGGUAUGAUACAUCAUUUUGAAGAGUGGCUACAGGGUUAUUAUGUAGACAUGAGACAUUUGGCAAAUUAUUGUAUGAUGGUUUAUUGCAUUAAGUGAAAGUAACACAUUUUCUUACAGUUUAAAACUGCUGUAUAAAAGAAUAAGUUAUUGUAAUGGUUCUGUAAAUAUACAAGGUUACAUAUGUUUCUCUCUUCUGUAAAUUUGAGGGAAUUUUCUUUGGGUUUGACAAUAAAUUCAUGAGUUCCUCUA